GCGGCGGAGCCAUUUUUCGUGCUCGCGGGGCCGAACGUGAUCGAAUCAGAGGAACACAUUCUCCACAUGGCCAAGCACAUCAAAGCAAUCACGUCUAAGCUUGGAUUGCCGCUGGUCUUCAAAUCUAGCUUCGAGAAAGCUAAUAGGACUUCUUCGAAGUCAUUUCGUGGUCCUGGUUUGGCCGAAGGCUUGAAGAUCCUUGAGAAGGUAAAAGUGACAUAUGACAUUCCAGUAGUCACCGAUGUCCAUGAGACAGUGCAGUGUGAAGCUGUUGGUCGAGUUGCUGAUAUAAUUCAGAUUCCUGCAUUCUUGUGCAGGCAGAGUGAUCUACUAGUGGCAGCCUCUAAGACCGGGAAAAUAAUCAAUAUCAAGAAAGGCCAAUUUUGUGCUCCUUCUGUCAUGGUAAACUCUGCUGAAAAGAUCAGGAUGGCCGGAAAUGAAAAUGUCAUGGUAUGUGAGAGAGGCACAAUGUUUGGCUAUAAUGACCUGAUUGUUGAUCCACGUAACUUGGAGUGGAUGAGAGAGGCCGACUGUCCUGUUGUGGCUGAUAUAACUCAUUCGCUACAGCAACCUGCAGGGAAAAAGUUAGAAGGUGGUGGUGUUGCCAGCGGUGGUCUUCGUGAGUUGAUACCAUGUAUUGCCCGGACUGCAGUUGCUGUUGGGGUGGCUGGAAUAUUUAUGGAGGUGCAUGAUGACCCUUUGAAGGCUCCUGUUGAUGGCCCAACUCAAUGGCCUUUACGUCACUUGGAGGAACUUUUGGAAGAGCUCAUUGCAAUUGCUAGGGUUAGCAAGGGAAAGCAACAAUUCAAAAUUGAUCUCACUCCAUUCACUCCAUAAGAUCUGGAGUAUCUGGAACAGGUAAUUUCUCCUAAACCUUUAAACCACUUUUUCAACCAUUGAAUUGCUAUUUCUUCUGGUCUUGUGUAUUUAAUAUUUAUAUAGUGUCUAGACAUACAUUAGGGUUUUAAUGAAAAAAUUACAUAUAUGAAAUAAAAAGGGAAAAUAAAGAGGAGAUAUCUGCUUAUAUUAUAAGCUUUUUUGAUUUGUUUUCCUUGGAUAAACCUACGUGGUCUUUUUGAUGUGCCUAUUGUUAUGGAUUCUUUGUAACAGCAAUGUUGCUAUGUACAUUUACCUGCACAUCUGUCUAUUAGUUUGUAGGUUUUGAGACAAAAAACCUUAAAGCAAGGGUUUUCUUGUUCUCAACUUCUAGUGAAUAUGAAGAAGACUUUGAGAGGCACCAGCUAAUACAGAAAUACUCGAUGCAAUAAAAUUAAUUAAGUGGAUUAAUAACUCGGUUUGUACACAUUCUACUCAAUUGCUUAUGCUUGCUUUGUCCUAUCGUGUUGACGAGCUUCAAGAAUCGAGAUCCUUUAAAAUUAUCUGUCUUUAAGCAUGCAAAUGUGCUAAGCAUGCCAAUUGCCUAGUUAUGGAAUCUGAUGGCUUGGUUUACACCUUUUAGUCCUUUACUCUUACCAAACAGUUAGACAUGCUAUAGCAAAUUUUGUGGACUCAGUUACAACUGGUCCCAUCCAUGAUUCAUUAUACAAAACUUUGAAAGAAGAUGCAUUUUUAAGAA